AUGGAUUCUUUCUGUGGUGCCUUGAAGGCUAGUGCUAGUGCCAAUGGGGUUAAUGUUAACAAGGGUGGUAUUAGAAAUAAAGGGACUCUCUUUUGGGGUGAGAGUCUUAAGAAGAACCUGAAGAGUAGGGAUUUGAGUGCCGAGUUGUGGAAAAAUUUGAGAAGUGGUGCUAAAAAGGUCAAGCCUGGAGUUGCCUACUCUGUUCUUACAUCAGAUGUUAACAAAGAAACUUUGACAUUUGAGGCACCAGUGUUUGAGACUCAACAAGCAGACCCAGCUAGUGUAGCUUCGAUCAUAUUAGGUGGAGGAGCUGGGACACGCCUCUUUCCUCUUACUAGCAGAAGGGCCAAGCCCGCGGUUCCGAUUGGAGGCUGUUAUAGGCUGAUUGAUAUUCCUAUGAGUAAUUGCAUCAAUAGUGGGAUAAAAAAGAUUUUCAUCCUAACACAGUUUAACUCCUUCUCACUCAAUCGGCAUCUAGCUCGCACGUAUAACUUUGGCAAUGGUGUUAGUUUUGGAGAUGGAUUUGUGGAGGUUUUGGCAGCUACUCAAACUCCAGGGGAAACAGGAAAGAAGUGGUUUCAAGGAACCGCAGAUGCUGUGAGGCAAUUUAUAUGGGUGUUUGAGGAUGCAAAGAACAAGAACGUGGAGCAUGUAUUGAUCUUGUCUGGAGAUCAUCUUUAUCGAAUGGACUACAUGGAGUUUAUUCAGAAGCAUAUCGAUACAAAUGCAGAUAUUACAGUUUCCUGUGUACCCAUGGAUGACAGCCGUGCAUCAGAUUAUGGACUGAUGAAGAUAGACAACACUGGACGUAUCGUUCAAUUUGCCGAGAAACCCAAGGGCCCUGAUCUGAAAGCAAUGCAAGUUGAUACGACACUUCUUGGACUCUCCAAGCAAGAAGCCAUGCAAUUUCCGUAUAUUGCUUCAAUGGGCGUUUAUGUGUUCAGAACUGAUGUCCUGCUGAAGCUUCUGAGGUGGAGCUAUCCCUCAUGCAAUGAUUUUGGCUCCGAAAUCAUCCCAUCUGCUGUGAAGGAUCAUAAUGUCCAGGCUUACUUAUUCAAUGACUACUGGGAGGACAUUGGAACAAUAAAGUCCUUUUUUGAUUCUAAUUUGGCCCUCACAGCGCAGCCACCAAAGUUCGAAUUUUAUGAUCCAAAGACACCUUUCUUCACCUCUCCUAGAUUCUUGCCACCCACUAAAGUUGAUAAAUGCAAGAUUGUUGAUGCAAUAAUCUCACAUGGCUGCUUUUUACAUGAAUGUAGCGUGCAACAUUCUAUUGUAGGAGUCCGCUCACGUUUAGAGAGCGGUGUUGAGCUUACAGAUACUAUGAUGAUGGGUGCUGACUACUAUCAAACUGAAUCUGAAAUUGCCUCUCUGCUAGCAGAAGGAAAGGUUCCAAUUGGUGUUGGUCAGAAUACCAAAAUCAGGAAUUGUAUUAUUGAUAAGAAUGCCAAGAUAGGAAAAGAUGUGAUCAUCACCAAUGCUGAUGGUGUUCAAGAAGCAGACAGGCCAAAUGAAGGAUUUUACAUUAGAUCAGGGAUCACCGCCGUACUGAAGAAUGCAACUAUUAAAGAUGGAACCAUUAUCUAG